UGGCUCAUCUACCCUAACCACACAUCAUUAAUUGCGUCUAUCACAUACCCGACCCCCUCUAAACUUCCAACUGCUCAGAACUACCUCUCUACAUUUAAGACCCUCCUAUAUAACACUCCUUGUACACAAAUCUCCGAUUGAUUCUCAUCUUUUGUGGAUCUUCAUCUAUUAGAUCAAAAGGGUCAGUCGAUUACUCUGUUUCGUGAACUGGGUCUCCUCAUUUUCACCUUCCAAUCCCUCAUCUCCGAGGAUGAAGGUCACUAUCAUUUCACGCAGCGGUAGAGAACUCAUAAAGGGUGGUCUUGACCUCAAUGAUUCAGCGACUGUUGCUGAUCUUCAGGAGGCGAUUUAUAAGCGAACCAAAAAGUACUAUCCUUCUAGACAGCGCCUGACCCUCCCCCUCCAACCUGGAUCCAAGGAGAAGCCCAUUGUCCUUCACUACAAGAAAAGUGUCCAAGAAUAUUGCAAUGGAAACUCUGACAACUUGACUGUAGUGUUCAAGCACCUUGGUACACAAGUUUCUUACCGGACACUUUUCUUCUGGGAGUAUUUGGGUCCUCUGAUCAUCUAUCCCAUCUUCUAUUACUUACCCAUGUACCAGUACUUCGGCUACAAAGAAGAGCGUGUCAUCCACACAGCUCAGACAUAUGCUCUAUACUGCUGGUGUUUCCACUACUUUAAACGUAUCAUGGAAACAUUUUUUGUGCACCGGUUCAGCCAUGCAACCUCACCACUUUCUAAUGUGUUCAGGAAUUGUGCUUAUUAUUGGACCUUUGGUGCUUAUAUUGCUUACUACAUGAAUCACCCACUAUAUACACCUGUAAGUGACCUCCAAAUGAAGAUUGGGUUCGGGUUUGCGUUGGUUUGCCAAUUAUCAAAUUUCUAUUGCCAUAUCUUGCUGAGGAAUCUUCGGAGCCCCAGUGGAAAUGGAGGAUACGAAAUUCCACGUGGGUUUCUGUUCAAUAUCGUGACAUGUGCAAAUUACACAACAGAGAUUUAUCAGUGGCUGGGCUUCAAUAUUGCAACACAGACUGUUGCAGGUUAUGUCUUUCUUGUGGUUGCUACUGCAAUCAUGACCAACUGGGCCCUCGCAAAACACCGUCGUCUGAAGAGGCUCUUUGAUGGGAAGGAGGGAAGACCUAAGUAUCCCCGCCGAUGGGUGAUACUACCCCCAUUCCUGUAGAAGUGGCCAGCAACUCCACGACUUGGUCCGUCCCUUGCAUCGGUCUGGAUUCAGCAGCAUUUUUUGAAGGGGUCAAUUCUCAUCAGAUCUUGACCCUUGUAUGACUUUAAUCCAUUUGAAAUAGUUCCCGCACUUGUGCUUGACAAAGGGAUGGUUCUUUUUUCCUUUUUCAUUCUAUAUCAUCAUUUUGGGAGUGCUUUCAAUCUUGUAGUUGUCACUCGUCACAGUUCUGUUUGAUGGCUUUUAGACGAUAUUUGAUAAGUUAAUCAGCUGUUUUCGUUUUCCCCUUAAAUUAAAA